UUAUCCUUCCAGCCUGGAGGGAAGCUCCUUGUUGACCCCCAGGGCAGGACCAAGCUCUGCCAGCCUUGCACUGGCCAGGAUCGCUCCUUGUCCCCUGUUCAGGAGCAGCUGGAGACCCACUUGCUCCAGCAGCAUCUCUUGGAGAGGCCAACAGGAUGGUUCACGGCCAAGGAGGAGUCAAGUUCCAGAACUGGGCCAAGACCUAUGGCUCCUCUCCAGAGCUGUACUUCCAGCCCACCUCAGUGGAGGAGAUCAGGGAGAUCCUGGAUAUGGCCAGGCAGCGGAACAAGAGGGUGAAGGUGGUGGGGGGUGGUCACUCUCCUUCAGACAUUGCCUGCACCGAUGACUUCAUGAUCCAGAUGGCGAAGAUGAACAGGGUCCUUAAGGUAGACAAGGAGAAGCAGCAAGUGACAGUGGAAGGUGGGAUCUUCCUCUCGGAUCUGAACGUGGAGCUGAGCAAGCACGGGCUGGCACUGGCCAACUUAGGAGCCGUUUCAGAGGUGGCAGCAGCUGGUGUCAUUGGGACAGGGACACACAACACUGGGAUCAAGCAUGGCAUCCUCCCCACACAGGUCGUAGCUCUCACCCUGCUGACGGCCUCAGGGGAGAUCAUGGAGUGUUCAGAGUCCAUCAAUGCGGACAUCUUCCAGGCUGCCCGCCUGCACCUCGGCUGCCUGGGCGUCGUGCUCACGGUCACCUUCCAGUGCGUGCCCCAGUUCCACCUGCACGAGGUGACCUUCCCCUCCACCCUCACCGAGGUCCUUGAUCACCUUGGGGACCACCUGAAGAGAUCCCAAUAUUUCCGAUUCCUGUGGUUCCCUCACAGUGAGAACGUCAGUGUCAUCUACCAGGACCCCACCAACAAGCCCCCCUUGUCCUCCGCCAGCUGGCUGUGGGAUUAUGCUGUUGGUUAUUAUCUGCUGGAGUUCUUGCUCUGGAUCAGCACCUUUGUGCCCAGCUUGGUGUGCUGGAUCAACCGCUUCUUCUUCUGGCUCCUCUUCAGUUCCCGGGUGGAGAACAUUGCCAUCAGCUAUAAGAUCUUCAACUACGAGUGUCGCUUCAAGCAGCACGUUCAAGACUGGGCCAUCCCCAUUGAGAAGACAAAGGAGGCUCUGCUGGAGCUGAAGGCUGCCUUGGAGAACAACCCCAAGAUGGUGGCUCACUACCCAGUGGAGGUACGCUUUGUCCGGGGGGACGACAUCUGGCUGAGUCCCUGCUUCCAGAGAGACAGCUGCUACAUGAACAUCAUCAUGUACAGGCCCUAUGGGAAGAAUGUCCCCCGCCUCAACUACUGGCUGACCUAUGAGGGCAUCAUGAAGAAGUAUGGUGGGAGACCACACUGGGCAAAGGCCCACAGCUGCACCCGGAAGGACUUUGAGAAGAUGUACCCAGCCUUCUCCAAAUUCUGCUCCGUCCGGGAGAAGCUGGAUCCCACGGGGAUCUUCCUCAAUGCCUACCUGGAAAAGGUGUUCUACUGAUAGGGGCAACGAGGGGGAUGGAGGAAAAGCCAGCCAUCACCCCCAGUUCCUGGGACACGCCAUAGCUCAUGGUCCUCCAUGGUCCCAAGUCUCUGUCUCUGCCCUUAUCUGCACGACAGCAGGCAGCAAGGGCUGGCCCCAUGGGCAGGGGUGUGCUCUGAUCGUGAUGCUGACAUGGCUCUGAGGUGCCUGGAAGUCUUCUGGAAACCAGCAGUUUGGGGGGGACCAUGUCCCUGUCCCGCAAGACCUGCACAGCCCAAGUGCCUCCUGUCCAAGACAACAUCUCAAUAAAGGCCUUCCUUUGAGCA